AUGAACCCCGCCAAAUGUGUUUUCGGAGUUCAGGCUGGUGACUUUCUAGGAUUUAUAGUCCACCAGAGAGGAAUUGAGGUCCCUGAGGACAAGGCCAGUAAAAUCCAGUCCUUUUCCCCACUGCUGAAUCUGCAGGGACAUAACGAGUUUAUAUGGGAACCUAAACAUCAAGAGGCUUUUGACAAAAUUAAGUCCUAUUUAGCGAGCCCGCCAGUGCUUGUUCCACCUAGAGCUGGAUUCGUAUUGAAGCUGUAUAUUUCAGCAGCUGAGGCUUCCAAUGGAAGCCUACUUGCUCAAGAUGACGAGGAAGGCAUCGAACAUGCCAUCUUUUACCUCAGUAGGAUACUUACAGAUUGCGAAACAAGGUAUACUCCAAUGGAGAAGCUGUGUCUUACACUAUAUUUCUUAGCAUGCAAGUUACGGCACUACAUGUUGUCCUUUACUACUUGCAUCAUUGCUCAAACAGACUUGGUUAAAUACAUGCUGUCGCGACCUAUUCUGAGAGGUCUCAUUGGCAAGUGGGUGCUUGCGUUAUCCGAAUUCUCACUACAAUACGUUACACAGAAAGCAGUAAAGGGACAGGCUAUCGCAGACUUCCUCGCACAUCACCCUAUAGUGGAUGUCCCCGCCACGAAAGAGUUAGAGAUAGCGACCACCACCAUUCAACCAGAUUUGGCGCGCAUUCCAGAAUAUGUUUUAUGGUAUCAAGCCAUAGUCUCCCUCCAACCCUGGGUAUUGUUUUUUGAUGGCUCAUGCACAGAAACCCUAUCGGGGGCAGGGGUGGUUCUGGAAAACCCAGCAGGCUAUCGUUUUUCAUAUUCUUUCCAAUUGGAGUUUAAGUGCACCAAUAACCAAGCAGAGUAUGAGGCCCUCAUUAUCGGCCUAGAGGUAUUAUUGGAGCUGGGAGUGAGAGAUGUUCAGGUACGUGGUCAAUCUUUGCUCGUGAUCAACCAACUUCAAGAGAAGUAUAGGUGUGUAAGCUGCUUGCUCGUACCAUAUUUGAAUCGCGUCGUUGAACUCCUAGACCAAUAUGAUGACGUGGGUUUGGAGCACAUCCUUCGCGAGCGCAAUUUCGCGUCCAAUGAACUCGCCCAAUUGGCCACAGGAAGUACAUUGAAAUAUAGGGUUCGCGAGCGCAUUUCGAAGGUUGAGCGACGCACGCUACCUUCGUGGCUUGUGCUACCUGACCCUCCUGAUGAGCCGGUCGUCGCUGUCCUAGAGCCUAUUGACGUAGAUUGGCGCAUCCCUUUGAUAGAUUACCUCAAACAUCCAGACCCCAUUGCAGACAGGAAUAUCCGUUUCCUUCCUUUAAAUUACUUCCUCAGAGGCGAAGAGCUACAUCGACGCGGUGAAGAUGGCAUCGAUUUCAGAUGUGUCUAUGGCCGCAAAGCGAAACGAUUAAUGCGAGAAGUACAUGAAGAUCAACAGCAUCUGAUUGGUGAAGAUUAUGUCCAGGCUAUGUGGCAAGAACAUGAAGACCUUAGUAGGAAGCGCUUAGAGGCUUUGGACUCCUUGGUCAUGGAAAUGCAGCAGAUCACUCGCGCCUACAAUAAAAGGACGCGUGGUCACAGUUACAAGGAAGGUGAGAUCGUGUGGAAAGCAGUCCUGCCGUUUGGCGAAAAGUUGACUGGCCGCGGUAAAUGGACUCCUCGCUGGGAAGGACCUUUUGUUAUUCACCGAAUUCUAGAACGUGGGGCUUUUCAGCUCAAAGAUUUGGACGGCGACCUCCACCGCAACCCCAUUAACGGCAGGUUCCUCAAGAAAUAUUACCCCAGUGUUUGGGAAUUUGAAGACCCACCGGAUCCAGCUGUUCCUGAGAUUGGGGGGCAAACAUAG